AUGUCCAUCGCCGCAGCCUCUGCCCUCUACCGCUAUAAUGAAGUUGUAUAUGCUCGCCCUGCUGACCCUUUCAUGCAUUCCGACGAUGAGAAUACGAUCGUCCUAGCAGAAUGCAAUGGGAGCCUCAACAAUCAAAGGGGGCGCCGUGGUCUCGGCGGAGGCGCCAUCGCCGGGAUUGUCAUUGGAAUCUUGGCUCUACUCUCCCUCAUCAUCCUCGUUCUAUUUUGCCGGAGAAGAAGGGCGAUGAGAGCCUCUUCAGCGGCCCGUGGCGAUAUUCCACCCCCAGUUCCGAGCAAGCCGCAGACACGGGCUGCGAUUGACACUGUCACGCCCAUGCAUAAUGUGGAUUCCUCGACGCAUUAUGAUCAACCUCUGCUGUUACACCAUCAGAGGGACCUGUCGUCCCAUCCUUCGUCCCAUCCCCUGUCCCAUCCUUCGCUCCUCACGUCUCAUAGUUCGGUCACGUCUUCAGGUUUACCGUCGAGGAAUCUAUCGUUCUCGCAACCGUCCACGAGCGCGAGGGAAAUCCGAGCGGACAGGGAAAUGGCCACGACUGCGCCAUCAUCUUACAGCAACACGCCGGCGCAGUUCUCUACGAGACGCUCGUCGGAGCUUCAUUCCGAGAUGGUAGGAUAUCAGAAGGUCUUACAGGACGAACGUCGCAAAGGGACUUCCGCCGCGGUCGAUCCUCCGCCAAGCUACGAAGCGAUAGAUGUUGAAUGA